GGGAUGGCUGUGUGAAUGCUGAAAGUCCCUGAUGGUGUUGUCUGCAAGUCUCAGAUAGCACUCCUGGAAGGGGACACGCGGUUCCCAGUGGGAACCUGGAGUUGGAGGUGGGCAGCAUGUCCCCAGGUCUUACCCUUCUUCAUACAGCUGGCACUUGGGGUCCUUCAGGGAUGGAGGGCACAGCACAGCCAUCUCACUGAGCCACGCUCUCUGUCUCCCCACCAGGCAUACCUACGCGCGGUGGACGUGAAGAUCCUACAGCAGCUGGUGGCAGUCAAUGAGGGCAUCGAGGCAGUGAAAUGGCUGCUGGAGGAGAAGAGCACACUGACCAGCCGCUGCAGCAGCCUGGCCAGCAGCCAGUACAGCCUGGCGGGCAGCCAGACGGCCUCACGGCGGGGCAGCUGGGACAGCCUGCAGGAUCCCCCCGACAAGCUGGACAGCAUCUCCAUCGGCAGCUAUCUGGAUACGUUGGCUGACGACAUGGAUGAGUAUUCCCAAAAUGCCACCGAGCUCCCCAGAGCGCUGGGAAAGGCUGAGCAGGACUGGGGCAGGCUGGACCCCGAGAGGGGUUUCACGAAGCAGGAGAAGGGCAGAGCAGAGCAUGAGUGGCACCACACAGACCUCAGCCCGAAUCGGAGCUGCCCAGACCUGCAGCGCUUUGCUAAGGAGCCCCAUGUGGCCAAUGGCUACUCGGGCAAAGAGCCCAAAUCGGGGCCUGGGGAAAGGCUGGAGAAGGGGAAUGUGGGUGGGAAGGUUCAGAAAGCUGAGGCCAACUUGGAGAACUGCAAACUCAACAGCGAACUGCAUCUGGAGUACGAUGCCCACUGGCUCUGGCUGCAGUCCCAGGACGAUGUGACGUUCUUGUAGCCCGUGGCUCUGUGCUCCCCGCACUGCCCGCUCUGCUUCAUUGGACUCUGCUCAGGAUUGUGGUGUGGUUGGGAAUGGGAGCCACUCCUACACAUCCCAUUUGGUGGCACCAGCAUGUGCAGUGCGAGCCAUGGGGCAGGGCCAUGGGCUGGGCAUCCCAACUCAGCACUUCCGUUGUAUUUUUCCAAGCAGUGCCCACCAAGGGUAAAUGGAACUGGGAGGAGCUGGGGCUCGGUUGGUGGUCAGUGUUGAAAGCCCUUCCUGGAGGUGAAGGUGGUUGAGAUGCCUCUGUGAAGCCACUCAGUGGGACAUGGAGCUCUAAGUUCCCUGGGUUUGUUUGAGGACUGUCCCACCAUGUGACCAAGCCUUGUAUGGUGGAGUGGCCCAAGACAUGUGGCUCCUCUGCUGGUGUGGAUCUGCAGCCUGGAGAUGUCCUGUGUGCCCUCUGAGCCUUGGCUUCCCACUGUGCCUUUGACUGCCUGCCCCCUCUGUACCCAGCACCCCCAGCUUGCAGAGCAUGGCUUGCACUGAGCUGUACACUCACUUGGGCAGCAUCUAUGCCCUUCUUGAGAUGUUGCAGGAAGGACAGUGGCAUUCCACAGCUUCAAGGAAGGGUUCUUCCACACACAUGGAGAGCUGAAUCCUGGCUCUGCCCUUGUUGGAGUGGUGGAAUUUGGUUCAUCAUCCCUGGAGCUAGUGGGAAACCAAUUCCUUCCUGGAGCAGCUGCAAGGUGAGAUGGACGUGGCCAGGAGGGCGAUUGGGUGCACCUUGGCUGCACAUGCACUUCCCUGCAUUAGUGGGCAAGAGCAGGACAGUGUCCAAAUCAUGGGAGGUAGCAUCUGCUGAAGAGUUGGGAGCAUCCCAAAUCCGCCCCAUCCCAUCUGCCUGCCAGCAGCUCAUGGCUCUAUGCAUGGCCACCAUGACCCCAAGGCUUCGCUUCUAGCUCUGCAUGAGAGUCCCCAGGGGGAUAGGGUAAGUCCUCCAGUGCUGCUAAAAUUGCUGUUGGCAACAAUCGCUGUGGCUUAAUAAAUGGUAACUUUUCUCCAAG